GAAGUAAUUUUGACUUGACUGAUGGAGAUGAUGGCCACCAGAAACCAGGUACAGGAGGAAGAGAGAGAUGGAACCAUGUCACCACUACCACAACUAGAAGGCCAGGAACAACUAGAGCACCAUCAAAUCCUAUGGAACCAGAUGGUUUUAACUUGGCUGAUGCCUUGGAUGAUCAAAAUGAUCUAGGUGGCCGAAAAAAACCAAAUGCAGGAGAAGGAGGAGGUUUUUCAGAUAAGGAUCUUGAGGAUAUCCUAGGAGGUGGGGGAUACAAACCUGAUCAGAAUAAAGGUGGUGGUGGUUAUGCCAGCAAUGAUGAUCCUGGAUCUGGCAUGUCGACAGAAACUGGGACCAUAGCCGGUGUGGCCAGUGCCCUGGCCAUGGCCCUGAUUGGAGCUGUUUCCAGCUACAUAUCCUAUCAGCAAAAGAAGUUUUGCUUCAGCAUUCAGCAAGGCCUCAAUGCAGACUACGUGAAGGGGGAGAACCUGGAAGCUGUUGUGUGUGAGGAACCCCAAGUGACAUACUCAAAACAAGAAACACAGUCUGCAGAGCCACCACCAUCCGAGCCACCCCGGAUCUGAGGCCCUGUUCAGUGGCAGGUCCACAGGAAGGUGCCACCGUUUGUGACCCAGCUCCAGAUUUCAUUUGCUGACCCUUCAAGUUUCUUCCCAUGCCACUGGCUUAUUAUUGUACUGAGUUUUCUGGACAAGCCUUAGGUGUUCAUGAGUGUAGUUUCUGGGUUCUGUUUUGCCGAGUAUGGUGACUGCUCUACCCCAGGUCCUCUGAAGAGACUUGGUGCUGAGACUUGAGACCCACCUUGAGCAGAUCACCAGCAUUGGAAAUUGCUGGGUCAUAGAUGCAACCUGCUCCAGCCUGAGCAUGGGAAAAAGCAGGGAGACCAAGAUGAGGGUAAACAAGAGGAUGGUGGGGAAGUGCCAAAAGACAGCAUUUCUGCUUAAGCAAUCCUUAGGUACUGUGAGACACUUUACCUAUGUGCCAGAGGGGUUGUUGUGGCACUGACCACUAAGAGCUCUAAGAAGGAUGCUCAGGUAGCAUCUGGUACAUGUGGAGCCCCUGCAAGAAAUAAA